AUGUCUAUCACUGGAGACUCGACCACUGCGAUGAGCGAUGCUACUCUCAAGGAUCAACGCAACGCAUUCACAACCCCCGCUAAAUCUUUGGCUGAACUAACACGUGGAACAACCAAAAUCACCCAGGAUCGCUUACUUAGCAGCGAUGCAGCUGCGCGGGAGCGACUAUUCUAUGUUCCCAUUGGCACAGGAGGUCUAAUAACCGCCCUCCAGAAACUAGAUGAGCAGCUUCGAGAGGUCGGCUCAUUGUUCCACUCUUGUAGACCUUUGCUUGACUUUUGCAGAGUGGACGUGCAAGCAUACUUUCUAAGAAGGUUCGUUUUUCUUCCUUAUUAUAAUAGACUUGCGGAGUUCGGGCACAUAGCAACCAGUGAGAUGGCUGGGGACAGAAAUCCAACCAGGUCAGCUGGGUUUGAUCAACCACGGUGGCUCUCCAAAGUUGUUGACGAGACCUGGCUUGUAUCCGUGAGUGGUCUUUCGCUCAUGCAUCUCUACCCUACCUCAGAACAUAGCCCCUUCCCCUUUCGCAACUGGUGGGCCCGAACAUUCGAAGGCACUCACGGAAGUAAGCACGAGAAACGUUUCUUUACCGUCGCUCAUAUCUGACAGUUUCCGACGCCGUCAUCGAGUUCCAGGGCUUGACCGUUGUGCAAGUCUCACAAAAUCAAGCAGCAGUUGUAUCUGACCCACAAAACCAAAUCUUUGUGGUGAAGAACUCCGGCUUCGUUGCAUUUGCCGUCGAAGGAUCUUAUAACGUCCUAUCCAUUGUCGAUCAAACUCACCUCACAGUGAGCAUUUUCUGUCGGCACACAAUGCUGCGCUGAUCAAUCUAAGACACCAGUCAUGGAUAAGCUGACCAACAUCACGUUGGGUUGGACUCACGAGGUCAGAAUGAAAAGCAAGGUCGGCAAAGGGGAAAUCAAAGAUUAUGUCGUCGCACUCUUGUGAAAGCCUGAACUCUCUACAUUCGAGCUCCUGACGCCUUAUAGCCUUAACAUCCCAGCGAAUAAUUGUGCUAUCCUCCAACGAGGAGACGACCUUGAACUGUUGUCAGCCGGUCAAUCCGUUAUAACCAACCCUUCAGUUACUUUACGGGGGUUGUUUACACUGGGUGAGAACCAGCUCGAACUCCCGACCAAGGUUUUGCGACUUUUUCGUGAAUAUUUUUGUUUCUGAUUCCCUGCUAGGAUAUGUCCGUCUGCCAGUGAAUGCUCUCAUAACUCACUCACUCUGAUUUGGGAAUAGCUUCACUCGCGAUCAAGUUCCCGUUUCUCUCCGUUUGUAUCUGAAAUGGCAGUUAGUGGAACCCUUGAAGCUCACGAAGCGUAAGCAUGACCACAUCGGUAUAUGCAUAUGGCACUAAAUUUCUCGUUCAGAUGGUUACAACACCCCUUAUGAUGCUCUGCGAGACAAAACCCAAUCCAUACUGACCCAAAUUGUGUCGCACCUUGACUAUUCGUCGAUGGCAAGUUCCGAACUCGCAUAUACCCUUUGGUAUUUCAACCUUGAACCUUAGGUCAAACAACGAACUUUGGGACCGAACAAUAUUGAAGACGGCCAGGAGGCUAGCUCUCAAUUCUUGGUAUUUGGACAUCUUCCCAACAAAAGGCUUCUGGGUUCAUGAUCAGCGCAGGAUUCUCUUCGCACGCAAGCUAUGGAUGAGAAAGUGGUUUUUGACGUUUAAUGAUACUUUCUCAAUGUCCCUUCAGAAUGCACGAAGCGGCUCUGGAAUACGGUAUCAUUCUCAAGGUCAAUAUAUGCAUUUUUGUUGCCACUGUAAUUGAUGGUAUCCUGAAGGAUUUGGCUGUUAUCGAUCGCCAGUUCAAAGGCGAGAUCGCGAAUACCAUGGAUAAGUUGACCACCCGGGCACUUCACACCCAAGUCGAAGCCGCCAACGUGGAUAGAGAGAAUCAGAAUCGCGUCAAGCAAGAGGAAGGCGCAUUGGCAGUCGCCCGUAUCAAAGCUCAGACCGAAAAUGCGCUAGCUGAUGGACACGCCUAUGCUGUUAUAGCAGCCGCAAAGGCUCAGGCUGAAAAGAUCAGAAUAGAGGCAGAAGCGCAGGCUUAUGCGACACGUAUAGCUGCAGAAGCAGAGGCCGAAGCUAUCAAGACUAAAGCAGAUGCUGAGAGCAGGGUGGUCGACCAAUUUGCUCGCCAGAUGGCCUUGGGGAGAAUUGAUGUUCAGAAGACCCAAGCGUAUGGUGAUAAGGUCGUGUUUGCGCCAUCCGACUCUAACUUGGGCCGCGAUAUGAGUCAGGCUCUUGCGAUUGGUAUGGCGGCGGGUCUGGGAUGGAUUAAUGCAACGUUACUCGUGUUACGCAGCCCAUAUAGGCUUGUCUCUGACUACCACGAGGUCAAGCAUAAUGCGUUCCAAGUUCAAAGACGAGCACCCUUUCGGUACAUCCAACCCCUUCGUUUGAUCGACGCUAUAUUUCUUCCAGAGAAGCGCAAGGCAGAGGCGGAGCGGAUCCGCCAGAAAUACCCCGACCGCAUUCCUGUCAUCUGCGAGAAGGCAGAUCGCACCGACAUCCCCACUAUCGACAAGAAGAAAUAUCUUGUCCCCUCCGACCUGACCGUAGGCCAAUUCGUCUACGUCAUUCGUAAACGAAUCAAGCUCGCCCCGGAGAAGGCCAUCUUCAUUUUCGUUGACGAGGUCCUCCCGCCGACUGCAGCCUUGAUGAGUGCGAUAUAUGAGGAGCAUAAGGACGAGGACAACUUCCUUUACGUGAGCUACUCUGGCGAGAACACCUUUGGUGGUCAAGAUGGUUGGCGGGAACUGUCCGAAGAUACAUGA